GAGCCGAACUUUCAAACUUUCGCCUGUGCAACGUCGGGGCGCGAGCUCGGCUUCUCUGCGGCCUCGGAACUUCCCCUUUUUUUUUAAAAAAAGAACAUCUGUUGUUAAAAAUAGGUGUGAGGACAUGGCUCACACCAGAAUUUCUGCCAAGUAUCCUCCUCACAUCGACCCGACCAAAGCGCCCAUUGCCUUCGGGGACCGCGCUUUGCCCAAACUGAAGCGGGAGCUGGCGGAUCCCGAGCUCCUGGUCCGGCAACGGGCCCUCAUGGCUCUGUGUGACCUGCUGCACGACCCCGAGUUAGCUUACUCGGCGGUCGAGGUCGGCUGUUUGGAGAACUUAAAACUUCUUUUGAAGGAUGAGGAUGCUACUGUUCGUCGCAAGACCACUGAAAUUUUCUAUAUUUUGGUUACACAUAGUAUUGGAAGGUUUGCAUUUUUGGAAAGUGAUGUCAUUAUUCCAUUGUCUGAGCUGCUUAAUGAUCCUGAGGACAUCUGCCGCAAAAACUUGCACAUGGUUUUGGAGAUGUUCUCACAAAUCCCUGCAGGUAAAGCAUGCCUUUGGAUCACCGUCCACCCCUCCACAACCUGA